AUGCAGCCAACCCCCGUACUCCAGCGCGCCAUUCGGCGGCUGGCGCUCACCACGAAGCAAGGUCCGCACAACUACUACAAAGGCAACCGAACUGGAUCGAUGGGAUGGAUCGACAAAUGGGGAAGACAUCACGUCGAUUGGAAAAAGGUCCGAACCUAUGUCUGUCCCGACUUGACCAGCUUCAACGUAUGUAAUUCAAUCGUGGUGCAUGGGAAAGAAACUGACAGCGCGUAGUUGACUCCCUUCGUCCAGACCCGCAUCGAGGAAACGCGAGACAGUUUCAAACAUACCGAAACCGGCACAGCAUUGGACGGAAAGGAAUACAUCAGGAAGUGGAAGCUGGCGGGUGGAAAUAUGUGA